AUGAAGACCUUUGUUAUUUUUGCGAUUCUGUUAGCUAGCAUCAUUUUGCCAAGCACUUGUAUUACAAUUUUGUUAUCUUAGAAAUUGAAUUAAAUAAUUAAAAUGUCGUAUCAGAUUGCGAGUGUUUAGGAUAAUUUAAUUGCCCUUGUGGAAAUAAAGAUGUACAUCUUUCUAUUUAAUAAGAUAUUAUAUGUAAUGAGAAGCGGAUAAGACAGACUUAUGUUUAGAUUAAAUAAUAAGGAGAAAGAAUAUAUAAAUGAACUUAAUAAGGAAUCAAAGUAAAAAUAAAAGCAUAAAUGA